AUGAGCAGCACGCCCGUCCAGGAGCCUCCGGGCCAGGGACCCCCGAUACAGGGCCCCCACGUCCAGGGACCAAUGUCCGACAGCGGCCAGACGUUACCCUCCAAACCGCUGCAGCAUGUCUCAGACGCCUCGGCCUCGAAACGCGUUUGCUUCUACAAGUCGGGCGACUAUAAAUUCAGCGGGCACCGCAUGGUGGUCAACGGCCGCAUCUUCAAGACGUUCGAUGCUCUGCUGGACGCUCUCUCCAAGAAAGUGCCUCUGCCGUUCGGGGUGAGGACCAUCACCACACCCAGAGGGACUCACCUCAUCAAGGCUCUGGACGAGCUGCACGACGGCGGCGCGUACGUGUGCUCGGACCAGAAGAGGGUGAAGCCUCUGAACCUGGACGAAGUGACCCGCAGACAGGUGCCCUGGAACACCACCAGACCCCUCAGCGUGGGCCAGCGGGCACGUCUGGGAAUCAGACCGGGUCCGUUCGGCCAGAGGAGCGAGGCCACGGGCAGACCGGCCAAGAUGGCGGAGCGGGUGGCGGUGCGCACCCCCAAGAGACUGACGGUCAUCAAGAACAAGGACCCCACUGUGAAGCGCACCAUCGUGCUGCAGAGGAGAACGGCGCCCACGUUUGACGCUCUGCUGGACUACCUUUCCCAGAUUCUGCAGUUCCCGGUGCUCAGACUCUACGCCACCGACGGGAGAAGGGUGGACGGGCUCGCCACUCUGAUCCUCUGCUCUGGUGUUGUGGUGGCGGCGGGCAACGAGCCAUUCAGAUUAGGGAGCUUCAGCUUCCACAUGCUGGGACAGAUGGCUCAGACUUCCUACAUGGACGCCGUGGAAGCGUCCGCAUUCCAGCCCAGACUUCAGAAGAACAAACCUUUCUCCAGUGGAAGAGGCUCCAGGAACUUCUCCUUGUCUUCAGAGAGAUACAUCAUCAACCAGAUAAACAAAUGUCAGAGCGGCAGCAUGAACGGUGGCCUGAAUCAUCACAACGAGUCCUUUGAGACAGAAGUCAAGCACACAUCCAUCAACUCGUAUGGAGCCGGGAGGAUGGACAGCGGACGUCCCGCCUGCACCGUACCUCAGGAGGACGACAUCGAGAAGUCAUUCCGUAUCAACCAGGACGGCAGCAUGACAGUGGAGAUGAAGGUUCAUCUGACCAUCAAGGAGGAGGAGAUGCUUCACUGGACGACCACUCUGAGCCGCUCCACCGUCACUAAGAGGACAGUUUGUGCUUCCGUCUCCGAGUCUGGGAACAGCUCGCCUGACUCCAACAAUGCACUCGCCAAAAACUCCUCCAGCCUGAGUGACGGCGAAACCAAAGAAGACAACUUCAGUGCUGCAGCAAGAAAGGGUGUUGGCUUCAAUGAUGAGCAACUGCAUGAAGGCUACUCUUCAACAGCUUUGGGAAAAGCAAAACCCAGCUUCAGUCGAACCCCGACACCGGGCCCCCGCAAGGUGAACAAGAAGACCUCGGUUGAGAGUGUGAAGAUGCUGACGGAGUCAGGCCUUCAGGAGAGCACUCUGGGACACUACUCCUACACGGAGAGGACCGCUGAUGGAGAGAUGACGGAGGGAUACUGCGUCGUGAGGCACAGCAGCAGCAGCAGCUGUCGACCCAUCCCAAAACCUCGGAAGACAGCCUCUGCGGAGAGAAGCAGCAAACACUCCAACUCCUCGGUCAGGUCUGCAGGAAAGGCAGAGGUCCUUCAGAUUCAGAAUAAUGGAAUAGAGGUUACAGAGACUGUCAUGCACAUUUAUGAGACACAGGGUUGCUAUGACAACUAUUUUGCAAAUGAGGAAUAUAGUGUAGAUAGUGUUCCCAUACAUGGCUCAACUCCUGCUCCAGGAAGCAAACAGUCGACCGACUCAAGGCCUCAUUCACUGAGCAAUGACUGUGAUAUCGACUGCAGCUGGCAGCCACCUCCUGACGACUCACUGCAACGGCAGAAAGAAGAGAUGUUAUCACUGUCUUCAGAUCCUCUACCUCUGACAGCUGAGAUCACAAACAGCCUGUCUGCAAACUCACACAUCCAAGAUGUUGGAGAAAGAGAGCAUAUUCCAAAACAUACAAAGAAAAAGCAGACUAGGUCUGUAAGGAACCACAAGAGUUCAACUUCAACAAGCAGCUCAGAUGUACUGUCGAGGGCAAGCAAAAUCAGCCCUUCAAAAAACAGCAAACAUUCGUCAACUGAAAAGCUCAGCAGUGAUGCCAGCGUGAGAAAAAAGAGCUUGAACUCAUCAGAAAGUACAAAAAGUGGUCAACUGGGUAAAAGAGGGGAGAAAAAAUUAGAGAAGCCCCAAUCACAGAAAUCACUUCAACAAGAGAAGAUUCUCAGGAAAGACUCAGCCUUAUCAGUUGGUGCUGCAAAUGUACAACAAACUCCAAAAACACAAAACAUGAAUAAAACAUUUACUCGGGACAAUAGCCCUAAUGUGAAUGCUCCAUCUGGAAGGACUCCAAUGAAAAAGAACAUGUCAGAUAUUUUACAGGCUAAAAAAUCGACCUUGUUGGGUAAAAGGACAACAAGCAAGCCGAAAUCCAUGAGCGAAAAUAGAGUUUCAUCACUUGAAAAUCCCUUCCAGCUGAGUGAGAGCAUCUCGAUGCCUUCACUCAACCCCUCGUCUGCUGAAAUCCACCAGUACGUGGAGAACUGGCUGGAGAACGUCAGCCCAGAGCCGGUGCCAUAUGCAGAGGAAGCGUUCACUGAUGAAACACAACCUCAGGCUCCGGUUGUCUUCCAGAUUGGUGCUGAUUCUGAAUCGGAGGAGAAAAGUGAAAGUCAGAGUCAUUUAGAAGUAAGCCAACCACCACUCAGUGAGACUAUGAAGAAAUCAAUGUCGUGUCUGUCAGUUCCUUCUUACCAUGACGGGCCGAGCUCACCUCGUUUGCACGGCGAGGCUCGAGGUUUUCAAUGUGUUUCAAUGCCGAGUGUGAGAGUUGAUUCUGAGCACACUGAGGGUAAGCUGAGGUUGCACAAAUCCGCCGAGGCCAUUGGUCCAGAAGACGACACAGUGGCGUCGUCCCAUCGGUUGUCUUCACAUGGGACGAAGGCGAAGCUGAAACCUGUCCUGAAGCAACUCUGUUCCUCCAUCCAGUGCAUCAGAAGAGCGUCUGACGUCAGCACAUCUAACCUGGAGAAGUCCAGCAGCGUGCCCGACUUCCCAACACAAGUAGCUUCUGUAUUUGGCUCGUCAUGCAAAGCGUUCUUGUCCUUCUUGUCGGUCAUGUCUCUGAAAGAUAGCUUAAAAGACUCGUCUGUUCCAGAUGCCAACCCUCCGAGAACGAGUUCCGAGGCCAUGCUAAUGAUGGAGUCCCUCCAGAAGAUAUCUGCCAUCGAGGACCAGGACGAGCAGAGAGCCAGUCUGAAUGAUCUGCGAAGCAGAGCGUCCUCUCAGUUCAGAGAGCGCUGGAGGGACUUCCUGAUUCUGAGGGAGAGGCUUGAGAGUGAGCCGCUUUCACCAAAGGUCUCAGAAACUGAGUUUGCUCUAGAUGUCGUGUCCGAUGGGGAAGAAGUUUUCGAGGAUCAACAUUUGCAGAUUGGUGAGCUUAUGGAGGAGCUCGACAUGCCACAAGAUCUGAGAGCAGAGAUCACUUCUACAAUCCAGCAGACUAAAAGCUUCUACCCAGCAGAGGAAAGCACUUUUCUGGAAACAGACAGAAACCUGUCAGACUCAGAGGAAGGCGUGGAGCACUUUCUCAAAAACUGUGCAGCUGAUUCUCAACAAUCGCCAGAGACUACUACCUCCAUAGGACAAGGGAUGACUGAAACAAUACAUGUUGAUGACGAUGGAACGACGGAUCAGUUCCCAGGAGAGUCGAAUCAAGAACCUGGUGAACCCCAGGAGGCGCAGAACAUCAAAGAAAGUCAAGAAGUCGAGGAGACAGAGGAAGACUUCAGGAAAUAUUUGGACACAACGGAGGGAGGGAAAGAAGAGGAAGAUGAAGAGAUGGAGGAGGCAUAUGUUCAGAAUGAGGAACAGCAUACAGACAAAGAAAGUGGGGAGGAAUCUGUUGAGAAAGAAGAGGAGGUGACAGGUGAUGAAGAACAGGAGGAGGAAGAUGGAAAGAAAGACUGGGUUGAGGAGAGGGAGGGAGAAACAGGAGGGAGUUAUCAUGUUGAAGAUACUGAUGAGAGAGAGGGAGCUGAGGAGUCUGAGGAGGAGGAGGAGGAGGAGGAGCACAAAGGGAAAAAUGAGCAAGCAGGUGAGGCCGAGGAGGAGGAGCAGGAGGAGGAGGAGGAGGCUGCCGGAGAGACAGAUGAAGAAAAACAAGAGGUAAUGGAAGAGGCAGAUGAGGAAGAGGAAGUUAUUGAAGAAGUAGCUGAGGAAGAGGAGGAGGAGGAGGAAGAGGAGGAGGCUGCCGGAGAGACAGAUGAAGGAAAACAAGAGGUAAUGGAAGAGGCAGAUGAAGAAGAGGAAGUUAUUGAAGAAGUAGCUGAGGAAGAGGAAGAGGAGGAGGAGGAGGAGGAGGCUGCUGGAGAGACAGAUGAAGGAAAAGAGGUAAUGGAAGAGGCAGAUGAAGAAGAGGAAGUUAUUGAAGAAGUAGCUGAGGAAGAGGAGGAGGAGGAGGAGGUUACUGAGGAGGCAGAUGAAAAACAACAGGUAAUUGAAGAGGCUGAUGAGGAAGUUAUUGAAGAGUUAGCUGAGGAGGAGGAGGAGGAGGAGGAGGAGGAGGGUAUUGUGAAUGGAGCAGAAGAAGACAAGGAACAAGAUGAUGAAGGUCAAGAACAAAAGGAAAAAGGUGACGGGACGGACUCGCUGGACGAUGCUGGAACAGAUGUUGGAGGAGGGCAGCGUGACGAACGCAGCAACACUUCAGAACACCCGGUGGAAAUAUCACAGGAGCUGCUGGACUUCAUCAACUAUGCCCUCAAGUCUUCAUCACUUAUAUUCACCUAUGACCCUCAGGGAAGUCUCCGGAUUGAGCCUGAUCACGCCCGAAUUGUAAAUACAAAACAAAUAGUGAUUCCUAACAGCAGGAAGGACAGUUUGUAUGGAUCGAAAUGUCUUCCAAGUCCCAACACAUCAGAUUUAUCUGACUACAGGCCAGAAACAUCAGAGAGUGGUGGAUAUAAAACCCAGGAGUCUGUGGACAUUGUGUCAGACAGCGGAGAGGAGGGUUCAGCAAAGUCUCCAUCAAACAGGACUGAAGAAACACAGGAGGAGCAGCUCAAAUCCAAUCUGCUCAUUCCAUGUCAAGCAGAAGCCUUGGAUGGGACAUUAAAGCAUGGCGGGAGCUUCUCUUCCUCUGACUCAGGAAACAAAACCUCAAAAGAUAAUCUGUCUUAUUGUAGUGCUGCAAGCUCACCAAGAGCCGACGCUGUGACUCCAUCAAUGUCAGAGAAGGACUCACCUGAGGGGGUUCUGAUCGACCAGGGGAGAUGGCUGCUGAAGGAGAACCAUCUCAUCAGGAAGUCCCCGCCAGUCUCUGAGGGGAUGUACCAGAACCUGGACAGCACGUCGGUGGACUCCAAUCCAGCCGACAGCAUGGAGGCUUCCCCUCAUCACUGCAAGGUGCAGCAGAACCCUCUGUUGGCCAUCUCCUCCUCUGAGCUGGAGGACAUGGCCAGGCCUUCAACUCCAAAGUGUACCUACUACAACAUGCUUCACGGGAGUGACUCAGACCCCUUCUUGGAUGACUCCAGCGUCAAAAGUGGCCAAAAGGACCCGAGCAGUGUCAAAGGAAGAGGCUUCAGGGUUUCCCCUGUGGUCGACACCUCCAGAACCUGGGCCAACAAAAACGGCAGCCUGUCUUCAUUCGCUUCAGUGGAGUUUAAACUCCCGGACGGUAGAGUGCAUCCGGAGGGUGAAGCAUCGGCCUCAGCAGCGCGGCCGGCAAGGACCUCCAGUGGAGGAGCCAGAACACUGCAGUCACAGGACUCCCUGGAGGCACUGCACGUCAAGUGUGGUCAAUACUGCCCCAUACUGUGACUGCAGGACAC